GCCGGGCUGGCGCAUGCGCCGUGCAUCUCGCUCACCGCGUAAGUCGCCUUUGAGGGGACUGUCGCAGAGGCUUGUCAUUCUGACCCCAGGAUCCCUCAGAACGUCGGAAAUGUCUAAUGCAAAAGAAAGAAAAUAUGCUAAGAAAAUGAGAAACCAGCCCACUAAUGUGACUUUAUCCUCUGGCUUUGUGGCUGAUAGAGGUGUAAAGCUCCAUAAUGGAGGAGGGAAACCUUUCCAAGCUCAAGAGCUUCAUUCUGGAACUUCACAACAGCGGCAAACCAAGAUGACCCUUCAUUCACUGCCUGAGCCUAGUGUGAAUGAGCAGUCUUCCUCCAAAAUCAUGUUUAAAAAAAAGGGAGGCUGGAAAGCAGGUCCUGAUGGCACUUCCCAAGAGAUCCCCAAGUAUAUAACCGCUUCUACAUUUGCUCAAGCACGAGCUGCUGAAAUCAGUGCCAUGUUAAAAGCUGUGACCCAGAAGUCUUCUAAUUCGCUGGUUUUCCAGACUCUGCCACGACACAUGAGACGAAGAGCCAUGAGCCACAACGUCAAACGCCUCCCUAGACGGUUACAGGAGAUGGCCCAGAAAGAGGCAGAGAAAGCUGUACAUCAGAAAAAAGAACAUUCCAAAAAUAAAUGCCAUAAGGCUCGAAGAUGUCAUAUAAACCGAAUGCAAGAAUUUAACCGUAGACAAAAGAAGAACAUAUGGUUGGAAACUCACAUCUGGCAUGCCAAACGGUUUCACAUGGUCAAGAAGUGGGGCUACUGCCUUGGAGAGAGGCCGACAGUCAAGAGCCACAGAGCCUGCUAUCGAGCCAUGACAAACCUUUGCCUUCUCCAGGAUUUAUCCUACUAUUGUUGUUUGGAGCUGAAGGGCAAAGAGGAAGAAAUACUAAAGGCAGUUUCUCAAAUGUGUAACUUAGACACAGGAUUGACAUUUGCAGCAGUUCACUGCUUGUCUGGAAAGCGCCAAGGGAGCCUCAUGCUUUAUCGAGCAAAUAAGUAUCCCAGAGAAAUGCUUGGACCUGUUACAUUUAUUUGGAAGUCUGAGAGGACCCCUGGAGACAGUUCUGAAAGCAGGCAGUUGUGGAUCUGGCUUCAUCCAACUCUUAAGCAGGAUAUCUUAGAGGAAAUAAAAACAGUAUGCCAGUGCGUGGAACCCAUCAAAUCAAAAAUCUGUACUCCUAACCCACUUCUGAAACCAUCCCAAGAAGAAAGUCAAAUUGAACUGGCUGAUGAGAAAAUUGGCAAGAAGAGAAAAAGGAAAGAUGAUGGAGAAAAUGCUAAAUCAGUUAAAAAAGUUAUUGGUGAUGGAACUAGAGAUCCAUGUCAGCCGUAUUCUUGGAUCUCUCCAACCACAGGUAUUGUGAUCAGUGAUUUGACCAUGGAGAUGAACAGAUUCCGGCUGAUCGGUCCCCUUUCUCACUGUAUCCUAACUGAGGCCCUGAAAGUUGCUUCCGUGCACACUGGGGAAGAGGACACAGGGGAGACGCCUCACCUUUGGUGGAGUGAUAUGUGUAAAAACCCUGAUAGUGUUUCCCUUCAUCACAGACAAGAAGCUGUUUUUGAAUUGUUGGGAGGAAUAACAUCACCGGCAGAAAUUCCGGCAGGUACUAUUCUGGGGUUGACAGUUGGGGAUCCACGAAUAAAUUUGCCUCCAAAGCGAUCCAGAGCUUUGUCCAAUCCAGAAAAAUGCCAAGAUAAUGAGAAAGUUAGACAGCUGCUUCUGGAGGGUGUGCCUGUGGAGUGUACGCAUAGCUUUAUCUGGAACCAAGAUAUCUGUAAGAGUGUCACAGAGAAUAAAAUCUCGGAUCAGGAUUUGAACCGGAAGAGAAGUGAAUUGCUGGUGCCUGGGUCACAGCUUGUUUUAGGUCCCCAUGAAUCCAAGAUACCUAUCCUUUUGAUUCAGCAGCCAGGAAAAGUGACUGGUGAAGAGCGACUGGGCUGGGGAAGUGGCUGGGAUGUUCUACUCCCAAAGGGCUGGGGCAUGGCUUUCUGGAUUCCAUUGAUCUACCGAGGUGCAAGAGUUGGAGGGUUAAAAGAGGCGCUAAUGCAUUCUCAGUAUAAAAGGUUACCUCACAUCCCGGGUGACUUCCCAGACUGUCCUGCUGGGGCUCUGUUUGCUGAAGAGCAAGCCAAGAAUCUCCUGGAAAAGUACAAAAGACGCCCUCCUGCCAAACGACCUAACUAUGUUAAACUUGGCACACUGGCACCUUUCUGCUGUCCCUGGGAGCAGUUAACUCAGGACUGGGAGUCCAGAGUCCGUGCCCGAGAUGUGUCUUCUGUUGCUUCGUCUCCAUGUGGUGAGGAGGGUGACCUAAAAAGACAUUGGAUGCCUCAUGCUCCUGAAAAGUCUCAUCAGUCUGAAGUGGGCACAUCUGUAAAUGACCGUGGGGACCCAGAAGUCAUGGACACAGAGUGUCAGGACCAGGCAGAAACUGGGACGGUAAUAGACCAGGGUGCUGGUGAGAACCAUGAUGCUGCCACCAGUAGUCAACUCUGUGUUCUCAGGAGUAGGAAAUUACUGAAGCAAUUGUCAGCCUGGUGUGGGCCCAGUUCUGAAAACAAUCGGGUGGUCCGGUGGGCUGCCAGUAGAGGCCAGCAAGAAUUGACCACAGAGGCCCGCCUGUCCAUCUUGGACCACUUUCCCAGGGCCCUGGUAUGGGUCAGCCUGUCCCUGCUCAGGAAGGGCAGCCCUGAGCCACUCACCAUGAUCUGUGUCCCAACUGAGGAGGACUUCCUCCAACUCAGCCAGGAUCAGCACUACUGUGGGCCCCAGGAAGCCAGACACAGUGAUCCAUUCAAGAGCAUGAUCCUGAAACAGAAAGAGAAGAAGAAAAUGGAGAGGAGGCAGAACCGAGAGUUUGCUGCUUCCGAGGGCCUGGCAGUAGAGACCCCUGCUGCUGGGCAGGGAGCUCUGACUCUGGGGCUGUGGCCAGGCCCCCUCCCGGGUAUGAUCACCCACUGUUCCAGAAUCCUCCUAGGCUUUGUCACCCAGGGAGAUUUUUCCAUGGCCGUUGGCUGUGGAGAAGCUCUGGGGUUCGUAAGUCUGACAGGAUUGCUGGACAUGCUGCCCAGGCAGCCGGCAGCUGGAAGGGGCCUGGUGCUGCUGAGGCCUCCCGCCUCCCUGCAGUACCGAUUUGCCAGGAUUGCCAUUGAGGUCUGAGUGCCGGUUCACCACCUAGCAGGGCGUAGGUGAUUUUAUUUACAAAGUCCCACAGUUGGAAUCUUGCUUUCCUUGUCUUCUGUUUCAAAAUAUCAUGUGAAAUUCCUUGAAAAGAAGAAUUAAGAAUAUAUAUAUUAUGAAAUGAUGAAAUAUUUACAUCAUUUCAUCUCUCCCUGCCCUUGCUAUGUAAUUGUCUGGUAUAUGUGGCCAAAAGCUUUUUAUUAUGAUUUUUUUGUUUGCGUAAUUCUUGCUGGAAAGUAUUAUUAAAGCUUUACUUUUUAUUGUCCCUUUUUUGUUAGGAGCAAAGAGCUGUGAGGUCCGUUUGAGCUCAUAGUCAUGUAAUAAGCAGCAGUAGCUGUUUAAUAAAGAGGAAGAGACUAUAAACAUCUGGCUUCUGUACGUGAGAUAUCAGCCCUGUAUGGGCCAUGCUCAAACCUGUACUGUAAUCAGUAUGCCGAGUACCUUGUGCCAUAAAGAAUGAAAUAACAGACAAUUUAUUGCUGCCUGUAUAUGAUAAAAGUGUUGGGUUGGAAUUUAAAGAGGUCUGUGACUUUAUGAACUUGACCAACGUGUGACCUUGAUCACAUGUUAACCAACAUGAGAUCCUAGGAGUUAACUUUUUUUAAGUAAAAAAUUUUUAUUUUUGUUUCUGUAAAGAAUUCCUCAAAGCCAUAAAGGAGAAUUCUUAGAGCAUAUUCUAAGAGAGAGAGAGAGAGAGAGAGUCCAAAAGUAGAUAAUAGUGUAAAGUGUUUAUAAAAAUCUUUUUGAUCCCUGAAUCCUUUUCUAAGGAGCACUUUGUGGGAUCAGUAUCCUUAGGAACACGCUUUGGUCAGCGUGGCUAUAUGGUACAGUAGCUACCUCUGCAAAGUGAUGACUGAAAUGACCAUCUGCUUUCAAAAUGCCACCCAUGCAGUCAUAUUGUCCACUGCAGGUCUUGAGCAGGGCACAAGAAAUCUCUUAUCCUGCCCCAUGGCAGGCUAUGAUUGCUUUUUUCACUUGGAGAAACUUGGUGGCUCAUUAACCUUUAUCUACUUCAGUCCCUUACUUCCUGCCAUCCUUUUUUCUAACAGAGCCUGAGUAAUAUGUUUUGAAUUUACACGUGCAUUAGGCAUCAUUUCAUGUAAAUAAAUGCAUUGUGUUUUUGCAGUCUUUGGGGGCGAUGAGUUGGGGACAACCCAGCAAGCCUUCCAGUAGUUGGAAAGCCCUUGAGCCAAUGAAUGGCUGAUGUUUCUCCUCUCACCAAGCUUCUCAGUGUCUUUGUGUCCAACAACAAAUGAGAUCAAGGAAAAUAGUGUAUCUAAGUGCUGUCUGUAAACAGAAUAAAUUAAAAUACCACCUGA